GUGACGAUUACCUCACCUUUACUCAUACCACCAUCGUUGACUUUGACCAUCGACGAUGCAGCGCUUCCAGGCCUUCCCUGAAGAGCUUAUUCGCGAAGUCCUCUGCUAUGUUAUUGACGUCCCUACCGACGCUGAGUUCUUCAGCUCCAACGGCAAACGAGAGGAGUAUUAUAGCAACAAGCCCGCCCGAUGGCGCGAACCUCUGGAAUUGCGUGCUGCCGAACGUCGCCCACCCGCCCUCCUGCUCGUUUGCAAGGACUGGCAACGCAUCUGCACUCCCAUCCUCUACCGAACCGCUAUUAUUCGAUCGAAAGGACAAGCAGAUGCGCUCACUAUAACCAUUACCAGAGUGCGUCCAGAGCUGGCUGGAUGUGUCAAGCGCUUGCGGUUGAAAGGUGCAAUCGGGAUGGAGAUACUUGGACUUCUCAAUGCGACGCCGCGGCUGACGCAUCUUGCGCUCGUCCUGCAUAUCUUCUCGAAGGAGAGCGUGUCCUAUCUCUGUCGUGGCUUGAGGCUUGAUCACAUCAACCCUACAAUGCUUCUUCUCGCCGACAGUCCAAAGGGUUCGACGAAGGGGCGCGCGAAGCUCAUGAAUACAUUGACGCAAACCAUUCCGACGUGGACUAGCUUGCGCGUGGUAGAUAUGCCCUGCAUGCAGAAGGAUAGCGACGUGCUUGUCGAGCUUCUGGCACAUGUGCCUCAAAUCCACACGGUUAUAUUCCCCGACAUCAAGCGACCAGGUUUGGAGCAACUGCAAGCUUUGGGAAGGAAUCGCUCCCUUCGCUGCAUCUUUUUCAAAAAGGAAAGACUACUCGAUCCGUGGGAUGAGUGCGCCGAGUGGUACACCGUGGACGAGGAGGUUAUAGGUGAUCCCAGAUUGAGUGCUCUAUGCCAGUACGAUACGCCUGAUGGGAGGCAGUUGUUCAGACACUCUAGAAACCCACAUCAUUCCGAUUUCGACAUUGCCUAUGUUCUUGACCUGAUGAGCGAAGAAGAAUCUGAGCAGGAGACGCAACCGACGGAGAGCAUGCCAGGUCCACCCAUACCGAUCCUGACGCAUCCAGUCGACGUGCAAGAGCGCAUAUGGUCGCGUGUCUUCGAGCAUGUGGAGGCUGACGUGAACCGCUGGGGCUGUAGCCUCGAUAGUCGUCGUCGGCCUGCAUUCCUUUCCCUGGCUCAAGUUUGCCAAUUGUUCCGGCGUCUACUUCUGCUCAAGAUCUACACGAAGAUGGGCGUCGCCGACUGGCGACAGGCCCGUCAACUCGGCCUGCUACUCGAUGCCUUCCCCGCUUUCGGACGGCACGUACGCGAGCUGAGUGUGCACAACCAAGUCGACCACGAUCGAUUCUGGGAUCCACGGCGUGCACUUCAGCUCGUGCCGAACCUAACGUCAUUGCAGUCGACCCGCCAAUGGACGUACCGCGGCAUAACGCCCGACUGGUUGAGGUUGAAGUGGGCGACGUUCACGAUGCUGGCGAAGACGGCGAAAGGGAUCACGGAGAUUCGCAGCGUCAAGAUCGCGCAGGAGUUCGCGAAACCCAAGGAGAAGGUGGCGUCGGAGGGCCAGGCGGCUACGUCGGGUGACGGACAAGCCGGCGAGGCGGUUGCUUCCUCGACCCGAGCGGGAGCGUCUGCCAAUACGGGUGAUACUAGAGCAUCACAGCAAGGCAAGAAGCCCCCAGCGAAGAGGGUCGUCGCCGUUCCUGUCGGGCCUUUGUCCGUCUUCCGCUCUCUGAAGGUCCUCGAACUCGACGGCGCGGUCAAGCUCAAGUUCAAGCAGAAGGACAUACCAGACAAUAUCUUCCCGGUACUCGAGGAGCUGCGCUUCACCUCGGGAGAUACGUCCGUGCUCAAGAUGUUCACCCUGUUCGAACUGCCUCGUCUUCGUCGCCUUGCUCUUUUCCACCGCGCGCAGACGGCCAACGACGCAGGCGACUUCCUUGAAAAGCACGGACCGAAGGUUGAGGAUUUGGAUAUAGAAUACUUCCCCACCGAAAGCGUCUUCGAGAUGUGCACCUCCAUCCAGACACUCCGUGUCCGUGAGAGCAAGUUGCCUCCUGACUACACCGCCGAACAUUGGCGGUCGGAUACGUUGACGACCAUCGAGUUCCCCUCGAGGCUACCCGUCCAAAUCCCUUCCUGUCGCCCUUGGGGUCCUUUACUGUCGUCACUCGAUCCAGCCAAGUUGCCGACGCUCAAGACUGUCCGCUUGCGAUUCCUAAGGUGGCCAGUAGAGCAGCGCGCUAUUGACAGCUGCUUCUGGGUUCCAUACGCCGAGGAAUUGCUGGAGAAGGGCAUCGAGGUACUUAGCGGGUACGAUGAACCUUGGACGCCGCGUGUCAAGCCCAGGGCGAGUGGAGGGAAAGCUAUGGACGUGGACAUGGAUGCGGAGGUGGACUCAGACCCGGAGUGGACUCCUUGAAGUUGCGAUAUGGGCGAAGCACACUGAUUGUUGUAUUAUAUAUCGAACUCCUAAUGUUAAUUGUACUCUCGUAAACUGCUACCCCAUAUACGACGGUCUCAGCAGGACAUGCGUGCUGU